UAAAAAAAUAAAAAAGAAAAAGUAUGAGUCUUAAACGUAAGCUUGAGGGUGAAAUUGAGAUCAGGGAAGCUGCAGGUCAUGUAUUUCAUGACAUGUAUAAACACACACCUCACCAUCUUUCUCAUGCAUCUCCUGAUUUUGUUCAAAGUUGUGAUUUGCAUGAGGGUCAACUUGGAAAGCCUGGCUCUGUUGUUUUAUGGAAGUACAAAUUAGGUGGAAAGCCUCAUACAAUGAAAUGUGUAUUCGAAGAGAUUGAUGAAGAGAAAAAGUUAGUGAAGCAAAGAGGUAUUGAAGGAGGAGUCAUGGAAGACUACAAGAGUAUUGUCGGAACAUGCCAUGUUAUACCGAAGGACAAGGAAGUUAGUAUAGUGAAGUGGACAUUGGAAUAUGAGAAAAAACAUGCUGGUAUUCCUGAACCAACUGCUUUACUUGAUGCUUGCCUUCUUGCUGCCAAACAUGUUGAUGAUCAUCACCAUGGAAUAAAGCAAUCAAAUUAAGCCAAAGAGGAUCCAAAUUCCAAUUCUAUGUUCUAUAAGUUUGAGAAAGUAUUCAAUGAUGCUAAGUUGUGUGUUUAGUAUGGUUUGCAUUAUUAUUAUUAUUAUUAUUGAAGUUGUAGACUGUCGGUAACAAUGGUGCGAUGGCGGCGGUAAUGUCGACAGCAAUGGUUGUGGGCCGGCUAUGAGCAAGCGACAAGCCUUCAACAAUGGUGCUUGACAGCUUGAGAAUUUUGAAACAGAGAUUGGGAGGAAGAAGAGUCGAAAAUGGG